AUGUUAGAUCCUACCGUCCUGCAAAAUAACUCAGUCUCUGAGGGAACUGUGGACGUACUUGAACUGGUUCUCCAUGUCGAUAUAUUCAUAACUGCAGUGGCCGCUGUGUUCGCCCUAGCCACGCUUCCUCGGGCGUUCGCACGUCUUUCUCGUGGUGCGGAAUGGGGGUGUGGUCACAUACUCCGUUCCGCCCGCCUCGAUUAUCGCCCUUCUCGGCGGCCACCGCUCCCUCAAUCACCACCCACUCCAGCCGAGAAGCUAACUUCAAUGUCUCCGGAGGAACCCCAUGCCACGUCCUCUGCUGGCCACGAUGGUGUCACUUCUGAAGAGUCGCAUACGUGUGUCUCGCAUACCAACCUUAUCCGAAGACCUUCCACUGGAAAAUCUGCCGCGAAGCUUCUCCCUCCACACGUGCGCGCUUGGUCGUCCGUUCUCCCACAAGUGGGGAAUCUACUCAGAUACAGAUUAGAUUCCGGGUUCUCAGUGGGACAGGCACUAGUUCUCGGACUUUACUCCGCCAUACUCAUAUACCCAGUGUUCUUGAAAUCAGACCCGUUUGCAGAUCCUUUGCGGACUGGAUUUGUGGCCAUGUCACAAAUACCGCUUGUGUACAUGCUUGGAACGAAGAACAAUCUUUUGGGGAUGUUGCUUGCCAUAGGUUACGAGAAGGCAAGGAACCUUCUCAAUUACAUCCAUCGGCAUGCGGGUAUGAUGCUGAUAUUGUUGUCCAAUGUGCAUGCUAUCGGCUAUAUCUAUGAGUGGGCUUUGCAGGGCACACUUUCAGUGAACUUGAAAAUGCCUCAGAGAAUGUGGGCUCUGGUAGCCCUUGCCGCGUUAGACAUUCUUUAUUUAUUCUCAACUCCCUUCUGGAGGCGCAAGACGUACAAUCUAUUCUUCGGCAGUCAUGUCAUUUGUUUCAUCAUAUUCCUUCCAACGGUGUAUGCCCAUCAACCUGGGGUACUGAACUAUGUACUUGCCGCUGCAGCAGCGUACGGCCUAGACCAUAUCCUCCGGCUCCUCAAGACCCGCGUCUUUCACGGGAGAAUACGCCCCAUAUCCGACCUCUCAAUGACGCGAAUCGAGAUUCCGGAACUGAAUGCAGGCUGGAGACCGGGACAACACGUCCGGAUACGUGUUUUAUCUAGUGCAAUGGGUUGGAUUGGCUGGGCCGAAGUACACCCAUUUACGAUUGCAAGCGUGGCGAAGACCCCUGAGGGACUCGUACUUAUGUGUAAAAAUGCCGGUGGAUGGACGAGGAAGUUGUACGAGAUGGCGAAAGUGGCCGGGUACGGGUGCGAGGAUGGAGGAAUGUCAAGGUCGGUGCUGAUGAUGGUAGAAGGGCCGUAUGGAGGACCCGGUCAUUCGGUUUUCGCAAGCUACUCUACGGCAGUGUUUAUUACUGGGGGUAGCGGCAUUACUUUUGCUCUCUCUGCCCUUCAGGACCUCGUACGGGUAGAUCUAGAGGGCGCGAGCAGAGUGAAGAUCAUAGAACUCGUAUGGUGUGUUCAAGACCCCUCGUCUUUGACACCCCUCCUACUUCAAUUCACUGGUCUCCUGCAACAGAGUAUCUACACACCGGUGCAUAUUUCGGUGCACUACACUCGCGCAGCCGAUACUUUGCCGUCGAAAGCGAGUCUCCCGCCAGGGAUCACCUUGACAGCGGGCCGUCCUCGAAUCGGCAAGGUGCUAGAUGCGGUCAUCCAGCGCACAAUGUCGUACGGGUCUGGUGUUGAGGGAGCGAAGGACGUCACAGGGGUGAUCGUGGGUGUAUGUGGUCCCGUUGGGCUGGGCGACGAGGUUGCGCAGGUCGUUUCGUCUGUUGAUGCCAGUCGACGAUGGGCGGUCGGUGGGAUUGAGAUACAUGAAGAGUGA